AUGGGCAAGGACAAGCAGCCCCGCGGCCAGCACAGGCAGGGGGGGCCGGCCGCGGACGCCGCCGGGCCCGACGACAUGGGGCCGAAGACGGGCAAAGGGGCCCCCAAGCAGUGCGGGGAGGAGGAGGCCCCGACGUGCUGCGGCUGCCGGUUCCCGCUGCUGCUCGCGCUGCUGCAGCUGGCCCUGGGCAUCGCCGUGACCGUGGUGGGCUUUCUCAUGGCGAGCAUCAGCUCCUCCCUGCUAGUCAGAGACACUCCAUUUUGGGCUGGGAUCAUUGUCUGCUUAGUGGCCUAUCUUGGUUUGUUUAUGCUUUGUGUCUCAUAUCAAGUUGACGAAAGGACAUGGAUCCAGUUCGCUAUGAAACUGUUGUACUUUCUGCUGAGUGCCGUGGGCCUGACCGUCUGCGUGCUGGCCGUGGCCUUUGCUGCCCACCACUACUCACAGCUUGCCCGGUUUUCCUGCGGAACGGCUCUCGACGCCUGUCACUGCAAGGUGCCCUCCGAGGAGCCCCUCAGCAGGACCUUUGUGUACAAGGAUGUGACGGACUGCACCAGCAUCACAGGCACUUUCAAACUGUUCUUGCUCAUCCAGAUGAUUCUUAACUUGCUCUGUGGCCUUGUGUGCUUGCUGGCGUGCUUUGUGAUGUGGAAACACAGGUACCAGGUUUUUUACGUGGGGGUCAGAAUGUGCUCCCUGAGGGCUUCUGAAGGUCAGCAGCAAAAGGUCUAAUGUUCUUGCUCACGGGUGGGAGACGAAGCAGCCCACUGCCGAGCUGAGGUCAAAAAAGAGAAAGGGAAGGAACAAAGAGAGAAAGAGAGAGGAGAAAAAAAAAAAAAAAAAAACAGAAAAAAAAAACUUUUGACAGUAACUAAUAGUUACUGUUCUAAAUGAAUAUUUUUGUAUUUUUUAGGAAAUAAACGCAUCUCUUCAGGUUUCUAUAAUAUUUUUAAAAACUCUUACAGGGAAAUUAACAUCCAGACUGACUUUGGGACAUUAAAAGAACACAGAACGGGGAAAGAACAGCAUGUCUAUCUUUGCCGUGUGGCGUUUAUCCCUCCUACAGCUGUCCCCCGCUUCCUGAAAGCUGAGCAGUCCCAUGAAAACUUUUGUAAACCGAAAUGGUGUAAAGGGAGAGGCUGUUCUGUAGAAGCAAAAAAAUCUUCAGCUUUCUUUCAGUUAGCAGAAUAGUUUCGGAGAGUGGGGAAAACCUGUCCUCAUUUUAUUCCUCAUUUGUCUUAUCUUCUUUCCUGCGAGUUCAGUUUAUAGUGCGCGUUGGCAUUUCAGGCCCAUGUCGUAAAUUUUGCCGUCUUUUCCAGAACCUCCCACCUGCCUCCAUGAUCUGCCCUAAGUCUCGGAGAAAGGCAGGGGUGGGGGAAGAGAGCUGAACAGCCAGGUUGAGCUGGUGGAGAUGUCUUCAAGGCAUGAAACAGCUUGAAGGAGCCGAGGAGAAGAGGAAGAGACUUCGCAAAGGCGCGAUAAACACCUGGGCUGGGGCGGAGGCCCUUUUCUCCUCAGCUCCCUGAGUUUGGCUCCACGAAUGGAUCCCUUGCUAAAUGCUUUGGAUGAUUGUCUGCUUCUCAAUAAUUGAAAGUUGGUGGUAGUUGUCUUCUUAAUGAUGUAGAAGGCUCAAAAAUAAUUACAUUAUGCUUCUAUUUUAUCAUCUAAAACAAAUCAUUAAAACUAAUUUCUACCUAAUUGUUAAUUAUAAUUAUGCUCCGAAGCCUACUUAAUGAGCCCUGGCUGUUCUUACGUAGUAGCAACAUCAGAGAAAUUACUCUCACAAGAGAGGAGGCUUAAAGAUUCUUUCUUAUGAAAGCCAAGCUUGACAAGGGAGAAGAGAAAUUUUUUUUUUUAUUAAUAGCUCAGGUUAAAAAUACUCAUUUAAACAAAAGCGAGAGCAUUUGUAAUGGGUGAUGUUUGUACAAAUAGCACAUUUGUGAUAUGUUGUGGAGUAUCUCUCUUGGCAGCUAAGUCCUUUUGAGGAAGACUGGGAAUGGCCAUGCGUUCCAUUCAUAAAAGUGUAUCUGAUUUGUAAUCCUACUAUUGACUUGUAAGCACAGUUCCCCCAGAGACUUCAACUCCUGUUUUGAAGUCCUGAUUUAAGCAUCUGCCCGUUGACUUGGAAGGUAGUUUUUAUUUUGUUCUGUUUCUAAGUUACCACAACUUUAAAAAAAAAAAAAAAAAAAGCACAAGUGCCCUAUGGUGGGAAUCUUUUCUCUCUUAUUAUCAAGUUCUGAACAAUAUCCAUGUUUUAAGGACAGAGCUCAGAAUGCAAAUUCAUGCAGCAUAAAUGUUAUCAAGAUCUUUCUCUACUAGCAUGCUGUAGUGAAAUCAGAGAUUCAAGAUAAUAAUGGACAUGAAUUUGCCUCUCCACAUUGCCUACUGAUAGACUCCACUAGUCAUGAAAUUCAAACCUAAAAGAAAAGCAUUUUCUUGUUUGCCUUAGAAGAUAGUCGAACAAUCCCAUUGAUUGCGACAGUAGUGUCAAUUUCUGCACAAUAUAAAUAUCCAAGUAAAGAGAAAAACGUUAAGUCAGUUGGAAGAUUAUAAAUAGCUUUUACGUUCUCCAGAUAAAACACCUGAUUAACAGAUGUGAAAAUCUUUUUUAUGUAUUGACUCACUUUAAAAAUGGCCUUCCUACACAAGAGCUCAGGCCAAGAAUUCACAUUGGAGGGCUUAGUGGAUAAGAUUCUGGGGCAGAGGUUUGAUCACACACAAAAACUACAGCAUUCUGAUGACGACCUGAAAAAUACUCUGUGCUGUUAAAAAAAACAAUACCAAAAACUGAAUGCAUUCUGAUCUGGACAGUUUCCUACGUAAGGAAGAAAAUGGCUGCUUAUCUGAAAUAUUAUAGCUGUCCUGUAGAGUGAGAAACUUGUGAUUUAAUGCUGAUCACUAUGAAUAGGGCACCACUGGAAUCACACCCUGACUUCUUUCAACAACUUUUUGUAGCAAACACUACAGGUCUUAUAUUAGAAAAAUUAAAAUUCUUCACCAAGGUGCUCGGUGCUUUACACACGAUUCACAGGGUAUUUCAAAGGGUAGAAUAACUUUAGCUUAUGUGCUUUCUUUUUCUAAAUGAUGCCACCAGGCAGGAUUGACAUAAGUUUGAUAAUAAUCAGGAUACAUAUAUUCUGAUUAUUACAUAAUUACAUUAUAUAUAUGUGUAUACCAGGCAGGAUUGACAUAAGUUUGAUAAUCAGGAUAUGUAUAUCCUGAUUAUUAGAUUAUUACAUUAUAUAUGUGUGUAUACACACAUAUAUAAUGUAACAUACACACAUAUGUACACAUAUAUAUAAUGUAAUAAUGUAAUAAUCAGGAUGUAUUAAAAUCCCUAGUACAUAUAUAUAUGUAUUUUUGCUAUUACGUAGUUAAAUUUUGCUAUUACGUAGUUAAAUCAUUCUUAAAUCCCUAAAAGAGGGAAAAAAUAAUCAUAACUGAAAGAAGGAACAAAUAAAUAAAACAGGAAAAAAAAAACAAGAAAGGAGUCCCCUGCUGUGAACUGAGUAUUGAUAUGUGUAAGAAAUGUGUUACAUGAAUAACAAACUGCUUUGCGUUUUGCGCUGGAUUUAAAGUAUUUUGAGGUUGUGUUUUGCAAAUAUUGAAGUUAUAAUAACGGCAACAGAAAAGGAACAGAUACACAGCUUUACACUUAGCAAAAUGUUACAUUUGAAAUCUGACAAGGAGCCAAGAUGGUGACUGUCUCUUCUAAACCAUAAAACAGUAAGAUUUGCGCAAUCCUCCUCUUCUUCCACCUCCUUCAGGAGAAUUAAAUGAAUCAAGACUUUGGAAAGAGGGGAAACUGCCGGGACUUGGCAGUACUUGAAAUAGGAGGAAUACAGCAGCCUAAAUGUACAGACUUUGUAACCGAGCCCACUCGAUCGGUCUGUGCCUUCACGUGACCGCCAUCUGUGCCUUCCUCGCUCUGUCCAAAUCUGUGGAGGCAGCUCCUUGGAGCCAAGCCUAAAAAUAUAGCUAUGCUGGGCCCUAGAAACUGUAGUCAAGUAACAGGCCUGACUUUGUGCCCCCCUCUUUGAAUUAAACGUCUAGAUGAUCUCUUUGGAGGGGUUUCCAGCUGCAAUGGCAGCGGGUUCCAAGAGCGAGGACCCGUGCUAUGUGUGUUCUCUAUUCACAGCUGGGACAUUAGAAUCUCUAAAUACUCUUGUACUUCCCUUCUUGCAUGUGUUGUAUCUGGAAUAUGUUUAUAGAUUGUUAGUAAACGGUGGGGUAGAGGGUAUCCAAGGAAGGUUCUGGAGGACAAGGUGCGGCAGUCAUUGAAUCAGGAGCAAACUUCAAAGUUGCCCUGAAAAACCGGUGCUAUCCUGUCACGAAGCCCACUUUUCCAUUUUCUCGUGACUGCCUGUGAACGAUUGCUGGGUCGCUAUUAACUUCUGUCAGUUGUGCUGGCUAUCGGUUUUUACCAGACUCCAAGAACUCUGUCAUGUUUCUGAAUGGAUACAGAGUCUUCAGGGCAGCGUUAAAAAGAGCUGCUGCCAAAUAUAUUGACUCCGAAUGGGAACAUUUGUUCAGCUGAAGGCUUGGUGUUUCAGCCUGUGAAAUGGAUACCUUGAUUCUUCUCUUCUGGUUUUCUAGUAUUUUAUUAUCUCGAAUGAUUAUCCCCUUCAAGAAUAUUGGUCUGCCUUCUGUUGUUGUGAUUGCAUUUUUCUGGCAUUGAAACAGUGACUAGAAAACAUAGUGCUUUCCACAGGUUUGAGGUGGUCGUUUUUCAAGGGGAUGCACAUAUGCAGAUUUUCUUUAUUAAUAAAAUUUUCAUAAUCUCUGCAAA